AUGCAAAAAUGUUACAGUGUUGAAAUUGGCGACGCAGCACCAGGCCAAGGAAGGACGCGUUCGCCGUUCUAUCCUAAGCUCGACGUGAAAACCGUGAAAACAUGGGAGACCAAAAAGUCGGCAAUGGGGUACCGUAAAAUACUAAACAUUAUCGAGGAGGAAAAAGAAGUUAUCAAAACGGUAAACGGUGUUGGAACUAAAAAGUGGAAGUAUUUUCAAUUGUCCGAGUAUCAUUGGUAUAACUACGAAGAGGUUGGUGAGAUAACGAAGAAUACUGGUGUUGGGUUUAUUAAACUUGGAUUGAAAAGAGAUUCGAAAGUUACUGUAUAUGCUGCUACGAGAUGA